CCUCCGAAGCUAACGUUAGCUAGCAAGCUGUCAAGCUGUCUAGUGGAGAGAGGCUGGGACAGACGUUUCAGCUUCCCCCCUGGCUUGGCCACGCAAAGCUCCAGCCCACAAAUUCCCUGAAAAUCUGUCAGAAUAUACUUUAGAUCGCCAGCUGAGAUAAUGUAAUGCAUCACGGGCGUACGCAAAGAGGGACCUCCGCACUUACACCAUUUAUAUGCAUUGAAUCCCGAGUGACGACUGCUCUCAUUGCUAGCUAACUGGCUAGCUAGCCUAGCUAACCUCCGCAAACCCCCCAGUUUCGUCGGUGUACACUCUCCGGUGUGAACGGAGGCCAGUCCGUCCUGGUCACGGUCGCUGCUUCCGUUGCUGUCAACUUGUAUUUCGGAGUUUUGUUCUUAAGAAGGACAGAAUGGGUGCAUUUCUGGACAAACCAAAGAUGGAAAAAUACAAUUCCCGUGGUGAAGGCAACAACGUGAGAUAUGGGCUGAGUAGCAUGCAGGGUUGGCGGGUAGAGAUGGAAGAUGCACACACAGCAGUAAUUGGUCUGCCUCAAGGUCUCGACCCCUGGUCAUUCUUUGCCGUUUAUGAUGGGCACGCUGGCUCCCAGGUGGCCAAGUACUGCUGUGAGCACCUGCUCGAGCACAUCACCAGCAACCCAGACUUCCAGAGUGCUCUACAGGAAGACCCCUCUGUCGAGAGCAUCAAGACUGGGAUCCGCACAGGCUUUCUGCAGAUUGAUGAGCACAUGCGAACCAUCUCUGAGAAGAAGCAUGGCGUGGACCGCAGUGGUUCCACUGCAGUGGGAGUGAUGAUUGCUCCCAACCAUAUCUACUUUAUCAACUGCGGUGACUCACGGGGACUCCUCAGCCGGGGUGGAGCUGUGCACUUCUUCACACAGGAUCACAAACCCAGCAACCCUUUGGAGAAGGAAAGGAUCCAGAAUGCCGGGGGAUCAGUUAUGAUCCAGCGAGUAAAUGGGUCCCUAGCUGUGUCUCGGGCUUUGGGAGACUUCGACUACAAGUGCGUGCAUGGAAAAGGCCCGACGGAGCAGCUUGUAUCUCCUGAGCCCGAAGUUUAUGCAAUAGAGAGAUGUGAGGGAGAAGAUGAAUUCAUUAUACUAGCUUGUGAUGGCAUCUGGGAUGUAAUGGCCAAUGAGGAACUGUGUGACUUUGUCAGGUCAAGGCUAGAAGUGACUGAUGAUCUUGAAAGAGUCAGCAAUGAAAUUGUUGACACCUGCUUGUACAAGGGAAGCAGGGACAAUAUGAGUGUUGUGUUGAUCUGCUUUCCUGGGGCGCCAAAGGUUUCUCCAGAAGCGGUGAAACGGGAGGCUGAGCUGGAUAAAUACCUGGAGGGCAGAGUAGAAGAGAUCCUCAAAAAGCAGGGGGAUGAAGGUGUCCCGGAUUUGGUCCAUGUUAUGCGGACGUUAGCGUCUGAGAGCAUCCCUAACCUCCCUCCUGGAGGGGAGCUGGCAAGCAAACGAAGUGUUAUUGAAGCAGUGUACAACAAACUCAACCCCUACCGAAGUGAUGACACAGACUCUGCGUCCACAGACGACAUGUGGUAACACAACCUCCCACCACUAACACAGCAUAGAGUUUACAAACCACCAUCCUCUCAAGACCCACAGCAGCUCAGCUAAGCAGUCUGUCUCUCCGUCACUCUGAGCUUUUGGUUUCUAAGAAGGGAAUUUCAUGGGAGGAAGAAGAGGAGUUACAUGCACACAAACCUGGAAUAGUGCAGCACCAGUCCACUCUGGAGUUCAGGAUCCCCACCGUCUUGUCUCCCCCCUUUAUGUCCCCCCCCCCUUGAUACUCUCCUCUAAAGUAACCCAUAACAAGUCCCCAAGGUUUUUCUUUCUUUUUGUUAAAUAAUCAGCUUAAGUAGUAAGAUUUUUUUUGCUGUAAUUAAUUUGAUUCACAUUUCCUUGUGUGUGUUUGUAUAUUUCUGUUUUUUGUGAAGUGCAAUUGUCCUGUACAAACAGCCUGUAUUUAAUGCAGCUUGAUUUUAAGUUAAAAAAUGAAAGAAAUGAAAAAGAGAACCUUUUAUGCACUAUCUGCCUUUUCCUGCUCUUCUGGAAUUGUAACAAAUGUCUAUUCAGUGAAUAUUACUGCUUGUCCUCCAGGCACAAUGUCUCUGCGCUUUUACAGUACUUUCCUUUUCUUUUCUUUCAGUUAGUCUAUGCUCCUUUUUAAGAAACGGGUAAAUUGUAUAGUUGACAGCACAGUAAGCUCUAUAUCAAACCAUUUAAACCCUAAUUAUUUUUUCCCCUGUGCUUUUUUUUAUUGUAUUUUAUUUUUGUAAGUGUUUUUUCUGUACAUGCUCAAAUAAUAAUGGCUACGUGUUUCUCGAGUCAUUUUGGAACUGAAAAUUAAUCCUUUUUUUUGAGGCAUCUGAUAAAAAAAAGACCCCGGUUAACACAUUUGUCUGUGCAAAUAGAUACCUGCAAGCGUGCAUGGGUGCUUGUGUGUAUGUAUGUGCGCACGUGUGUCAGUGUGUCAGUGUAAAGGCAGAUCUGUGUGUGCAACUCUAAUUUAAAUAGGGUGGUUUGGUCAGACCGGGCUGGAGUUUAAGGGAAUCUCUCUCCCAAUGCUUUCCCUCUGUCUGCCCUUUUUCAGCCAGUGUUCCACAUCAACCCAGCAUAGGCUUUCACUACUUCUUAUUCCAAAACGUUUUGGAUAACAGAGUUUACAUGCUGUAACGCUAUCUGAACAACUUCAAGCUAUAUAUCAGAACCAUACAGUAACCUGAGAUGACACGAGUAGUUCAAUUUACCCAACGUGUAUAAUGCAUUGCAGUUAGUCAAGUCUAGACUAGUUUACACAUCUAUUGUGUCAUAUUUAAAUAUCACGUUAACAUGCAUUGUGCCCACUGUGGGUGCCAUAUGAUUUUAUAUCACUUUUUUCAGCUUUAUGACAGCCUAUGCCAAGUUUCUUUUUAAUGAGAUUCAGAUUUUGCAUGUGGUACAGAUAGAUUUUUAACUUCUACCUUUUAACAUCUGAUCAUUUUACUCUUUGUAAACGGUUACAGCGCUGUCUACUUCAGAGCAGAAUGACCUGUCAGAUAAUAGGACAAACAAACAAGGCUACAUUUAUUCUUCACAUGGUUUUCAGUUGGACUUUCAAACCAAGAACAAAUCUGCCUACUGCGAUGAGUUCUCAUGGUUGUACAGCACCUUUUUAGAGUGCUCCACCUAAACCUCUCCCCCCCAGCACCACAAGCCAGAGCCCAAUAGUUUGCUGCUACAGUGUGUGAUCUGCGGGUUGAUUUGUUCUCGCUAGUUAAUUCUCUGAAAAGAUGAACAGUCACAGUCUAAAUCUGUUCUUAACACACAGUAGAUCUACUUCUUGAAGAGAAAUGGUUUAAUUCAGAUUUAUUUUCUGUCAUCUUUGUCUAAAAUUGCAUUGUUGGAAAUUAAUGUAUGUAUAUAUUUUUGACUUAAAAUUUCAAGGAAUAAAUCAUUUCGCUUGAGUUAGUUUUUUGCCAUGGACAAAAUGUGAUUCUGGUUUGUUUUGGGCUAACGGUUCCCUCUAAUCACUCUGCUGUCCCUCUGAUAAACACUGAGGGUUUUAACGGUUCGUUUUAUACAAUACACAAUAAUAUUGUACUAAAUGUGCAACUCUCCGUUUAUUAAAAAGACAAUCCUAACACUUUCACCGCUUUUAGGUUUGUGGUGGUAGCUCAUUAUCAAAUCUUUAAGGAACUCGUGUUCAUCUUCAAUGAGCUGCUUUUAAUAUACUUUUGUGGCAAAACGGCCAAAGACACUCGAUUAAUUUAAAUUGUGAAAUCUAUAUCACAAGAAGUAACAAUAUAAAGUUGAUUCCUGUAAAAAAAAGAAAACCGUUUUACAUUUCUUUACACCGUUAGGCUUGAGGGUACUCUGAUGAUGCAUUUUGGUAAGAAGUGUUGAACGUAAACCUAAGUGUGUUUACACGGAAACUCCAUAGGGUUCCUUUUAAAGAACCGAGAGGCGGCAUACAUAUUAACGUAGUCAUAAUUCAGCAGAUUGCGUUGUGUUUAUUUGCAUGAACAUGUAGUUUCCUCAAUAUUGCCUCCCAUUUAAAGAAGCAAAAAACAGAGCAGUAAAACACGGUCAAUUCACAGUAUUGAUUACCUACUACAAUACUCACAAAACAUAUUGUGCUCUUGUUUAAUAUAAACUCUUCAAGCCAGUUCAUUCAGUAUGUUUGAGGAAAAACUAAAUGUAAUCAAAAUGCCUUUUUGUAUUUAGAUAAGAAGUUUUAUUUUGAGAGUGCACUAAACGUCUCUUGUGGAACGGUUACCAGCACGCAGCUGCUUAUUGCAGACCUGGUAGGUCUUGAUGACUCUUGAAGCAACAUUUCAUGCAGUUUUUCUUCACCCUUAAUGAGGAACAAACUAUAUUUGUAAUCAUCUCGAGGCCAUCAAUACCCCCCCCCGCCCCCCUGCUCCUGGAUAGUCCUGCAUUGCCCUAGAGAUUUAAAAUCAGGAUGUGGCCCCUGAAAGAUGCUGGUUAAUUAUCCAUUUCGAUAACAACCCACAAAAUGAAAAAUGUAGAAAUAAGCUUUUUAAUAUUCAAGAUUGCUGUAGCUGAAGUGUUAGUCGAUAUUGAGAGUUGCUUGGGUGUGAUUUAUUACAUAUGUGCAUUUUGUUCAGAUCAUGUAAAAUCACAUCCCUAUUUGUCCCGCAUCUCCCCCCCAAAAUAAUCUCCCAAAUUUAUUCUCCUUGUUUUAUUUUUUCUUGAACUGAAAUACCUCAUAACAUUUAUAGGAAGUGUUUUGUCUUGUGUUAUGUAGAUCCAAUCUGUUCAGAGAGAGGGAGAAAGCAUUUGUUUUGUGGCCCUUAGUCUUUAUGAUUUUAACACUGAUCCUUUUGAGUGGAAUAAGCCUGUGCUUGUGUACAGUAUUUGACUGAAUUGUGCUGAUGUUAACGAUAGGAUAUAAGUGGCUACUGCAAAUGACAACUUAUUUUAGUAACUAGUAACACUAUUGGCCUUGUCGUAUAAGCUACCCCCCCCCCCACCCCAGACAAAAAACAACAAAAAAAAAGCUCACCACCAUGUCUACUUGUGAAGCUCACUUAGUUUAAAAUCUAGAAUUGUACCGAGAGUUCAGGGUUUUAGAGAUGUGGGAAGUGACAAAAUGACAGAAGUCAGAUGCACUGAUCAUUUAUAAUCAUCUUUUUUGUUUUUUUAGAAAAUUGUUAUUGUAGAAAAAAAGAUUAUAAAGCUAUUAACAGAGUUACCUUUGGUUGCCUGGAAUGCACCCUGUAUAUUCUUGUACGGAGGACAACCUGGCAGACGUUGAAGAGAUUUGAAAUCCUUGCGCCCUCUUGUACAUAUUGAUGUACCUCGCUUGUGGCGUUUACUGUGUGACCCUUAGCAGUUGUGGUUUAUUUGUCCCCUCACAGGGCGACCUGAGCCUCACUUUGCUGACUUUUUCAGCUCGUAAAUAAGCUCACCGAUUUGCCUUACCCAAUCUCAUGUUUCCCUGCUAAAGUACUUGUUCAAUAAAACACUAUGAGGAGUAAUCCAGCUGAAAUGACUCUCCUAGAUUCAAAACUGUCACCAUGCUAGGGUACGUCAGCGAUCAACAAAGGGACUUUGUUCUGGUUGUGACACGGUACAACUUUUCAACCAUCGCUGGUUUGUAUGCUAUUUGUCCCCCCUCCCCCCCCUGCCCAUGUUACCUUUUUGAAUCUCGGUCUUGAAAGCUUAUUUAAUUUGUCACUGCAUAUGAUGUCAUACUUUUAACCAAUGCAAGUGUUUUGACAUGGUAACCUCGUAAGCAUUCAAAAUGUGCAUACAUACACUCACGUCUGCUAUAUUUAUGAUUACAUUCAAGAAUAGCUUUAGAGUGCUGUAGAUAAGUAUUGUCAAUGUUGAUUCAAAUGCUUCUCAGAGGCCUCUGUGAGUGAUUUUACAAAGUUCAAUAACUGUAUAUUUUGUAUUAUGUUCUAGCUCCAAAGGAAUGGCAGAAAAAAAGAAAAUGUUUAAAAAAGCUUUGUUCCCUGAACUAAAUUGUACUAUUUGUGUUGUCGAUUGAACAAAUUGCAUUCCUUGCUUGUGAAUUGAUGCAUUUCUCUCCCUGGUCCUUACAUUUUCUCCCCUUCUUCCCUUCCUUUCUUUCAUUUUUUAGCCUUUGAAGUUUGAAUAAAAUUUCUAGUUUGCAGAAUGUAUUACUAAAUAAAUGGGUUGUCAUCUUGUA